AACGAUUUAACAUUGAACACGACGCGCUAUGUCCAAGUUCAUCAUCGACCCUGUUUUCCUCUACUUUUCAACAUAUCAUAAACUAAAUUAACAUGCUUUAAAAAUGUAGAAAAACAGUGGUAUGUGGUAUUUUCUAUGCAUCGGAUAAUCAUUUCUGUAUAUGUAGUCUGCUACAUACCCAGCAGUAUUUGUGAAAAUAGUCUAAAGGAAAUCGGUCCAAGUGUCGGCCGUGUCCAAUUGAGGGCAUGUGGAGCUGUGGAGCGCCGUUUCGUUAAACCCCUCAAAAUACUGUGUGUCAUAACUUGGUCAGUCCACUUCACGCCAGUCCACUAUAGUGGGGAGUACCCUUGCAGUUAUCUUUCACGUGCAUUGGUGAUCGGCGCGCUGUCAGCCGUGCUGCGGUCCAGCUCGCGUUUGGUGUCGUUUUGGAUGCCCAUCCAACUCGCUAAGGAGCAUGUCAUCUCAAAAGUCUCUUCGCGUUCUCUACAUACACGGUCGGCAAUCUUCCAAAAACACCCCAAAGCUGGUACAUUUAUCAAAGUACUUUACGACACAUUGCGUUGAAUACACCGUGGAGCAGGCAGCAGAUUAUGAAGGCGUCGUCAAACAACAAGCUCGCGCCAUCAAGGACUUUCAACCAGACGUAAUUGUUGGGAGCAGUUAUGGAGGGAGCGUGACAACCACCCUCGUACAGCGAGGGUUCCAGGCUUUGGCAGCGGCAAGGGAGGAUCCAGAGAAAGCGCGCCGUGUGCUUAUUUCUGGUGAGGAAAGUGUCCUUGGCGGUGACGAGGAUAUUGUAGGCUGGGUUGGUCCUGUGGUUCUUCUUGCGCCGGCCCACCUGAAGCGGUUUGGAAUGGAAGACAAGGGGUGGUGGCCUACUGAAGCACCGGCAAAGAUUAUUCAUGGCACUCAGGAUGAUAUUGUCCCCAUCGAGGACAGCAGGAUUCUUGCGAAAAGUCUAAAAUCUUUCACUCAGAAGAGGAUCAACCUCCUUCCGAUGAGAUUUGUAGAAUUAGUUGAGGUUGAGGAUGGUCAUCGACUUGAAAGUUUGGCCUCUGGCGAUCUCUUGAUUAACGCGGUGACCGAUGCCGCUAACACCUGGGGGCGUGCAAAGACGUUUGUUCCUUUGCCGGUGAAUAUGUAAAGGACUACCUGAGCGACAGUGGCUAUAAAGGUAUAGUAGACGCGAGCUGGGUGAGGGCAAUAGUGUUUUGCUAGGUAUGUAGGAAUAGCCCAUAGCGAAAGACAUAUCUUGUUGCACCAUUCCCUGUGUGCAAGCUUUUAUGGUGAACAUCAAUUAUUAAAUGGUCAAGUUCGCUAUGAUACAGAUCAUUGGAAUUUCAAAAACAAAAAAAACCAGAAUAAAAAUAAAAAUCACCCCCUAGGGAGAAGUCGUUACGAUCCA